CAAGUAGGCAGGUGCAACCGUGCAAGUUCAGAGCUUUCGGCAUGUUUUUGGUGAAGCUAAAUUUGUAGCAGAUGCUCUAGCUAGCUCUUGGUAAUAAGUUUGCAAAUUCCGUCUGAUGUUGCUAGGAAAGUUAUAUUUGAUGCUUGUGGUAUUGGUUUCUCGUCGUAGUUUUCUUUUGUUUGUUUUGGUCUUCGCAAAAAAGGAGGUCCAUAUUAAUUCCUUAUUACUACAGAAAGCUGAGGAACCCUAUUGAUAUGUCUUGGAAAUUGAAUGCUUAAGAAGGAAUUUGUUGGGAUCUAAUCUGCACCAAAAAAUGCACAUCAUGCAUGUUAUAAAAGAAAAGAAAUUGUUUACCCCAAAAAAGAAAGAACAUAAAUUGGAAAGACCCCAAUUUUGUGGUAAAUAAUUGGUUGACAAUAAUGAAAGUCGCAAUUGCAUGCAUAAUUAAUGGUUGAUCGUUCUGGAAACUAUAAAAACGUCGAGAGGAGCCACUGAUAGUCAAGUCGGAGAGAUUCUCACUGAUGGUUUUUACCCAAAAAAGGAAAAAAAAAAUGUAAUCAUAAGUUUGUGGGACAAAGAAAGGACAGGGGAUCAGAACUUGCGCUCCAUUUCAAUGAGUUUGUACGCAAACUAAAACCCAAUAUUAAAUCAGCCGUUUCAGUUUCGGUAUCGCCAGUGCCAGUGAUCUCUCUUUAAUCAAUUCCCCAAAACGUAAUCUUUCACAUUAUUUUUCACUUUGAAUUUUUUCCCACUACAACUCUGUCUCCCUCUCUCCCUGUCUCUCCAAGAAGACGAGAACCCAGUAAUAUUUGACUUGUAGUUGAAGAAGCUCCCCAUGAAUACCAUGUCCUCCAGUGGAGAUAUUCAAGAACUUGGCUUUCCAGAUGACAGAGAGAAGCUUGAUGGGUUUAGGCUGUUCAACUCUGGGAGCUCACAGGACGCCAAGAAUGCAGCAAAUUAUACCAAUUUUAAUGUCCGCAACAGUUUGGCUUGGGACAGUGCCUUCUUCACAAAUCCAGGAGUUUUGGACCCUGAGGAGCUGCUUCAGACUAUGAAUUCUCGAAAUACCGGCAAUGCAUUUAACUUUCUUGGACAAGAGGAAGAGAUACUAUUGCCUUCUGAGUCUCUGGAACCUGAAAGAACAAGAAAACCCAACAACUACAAUUUUCGCAAAAGUUUGGCUUGGGAUAAUGCCUUUUUCACCAGUGCAGGGGUUUUGGAUUCUAAGGAAUUGUCUAUAGUGAACAGAGGGUUCAGGAAAUGUAAAGCAAAUCAACUUCCUGGGAUUGAAGAAGUUUGGAGGUCUACCGAGUCAAUCUCUACAAUAAAUAGUGGCUGUUCCUCCUUGGCAAGCCUUGAGUUUGAACUUUUUGAAGAUAACAGAUCAUCUGUGCAAAAACCAACAUCAAGUGUCAAACUGAAAAAAGGAGGAGGUAUGCAAAAUAUGUACACUUCAAAGAAACCUGAUGCUUCCUCUCGGAUGAGGAUGAAAUCCAUGCCGGCAUCCCAAAGGCAAAGUCUUAAUGUGCAUAGACCGCAGAGGAUCUUAAAGGAGGCUUCUGUUUCUUCACAAAAACAGGUUGCUGCUGGAAGUGAGAAAUUGAAUUCAUCUGCAUCUCGUAAACCACCGAAGAUAUCAAGUCGGGUUAAUGAACCUUCAACAGCUGCAGCCAAAAGGGCUUGUUUGGGUGGAAAUUAUGCCAAAAUGGGAACUGCAAAAGCUGCACCUGGGCAAUCUAUGACUUUGUCAAAGAAGCCUUGCAUGGGGGUAUCCUGCAGUGUCAAUGAUAGCUUUACACCAUCCCCUAAAUCUCUUUCAUCACAUUUUCCCACUAUCACACAUGAGUCUGGGGCUUAUUGUUCCCCCUAUAAAGGCUUCUGGAAUGCUUCAGUAGACACUGCUGGUAAAUCUCCCUUCAAUUCAAGAAGACAAGUUGAUCCGUCACUUGUCAAUUCGGCUUCCAAAGGUUUUACCAUGGGAACUCCUCCGCGAUCCACGAAGACAAACAAGGAUGAACUGGAAAAUUCUUCUCACCCUUCUAGUUUAUUUUUCACUCCGAAGUCUUCCUCUCAUACAUCACCUGCUAGUUCCCUUGAUGGACGUUCUUCAGUAUCAUCAUCAACUUCUGUGAAUCAAAGAUCUAAGAACUCUGAGGUCAGUCUAGAAAUACUCUGCAGGCAGGUUUCUUUUGAGAGUGAUGUCUCUCAGGCAUCAGAUGUGGAGAGCCAUUCGCAUGAAAAGCCCUGCACUGGAUAUGGAAAUCAGAAAACAAGGCUCCUAAAUCAACGUGAAGCAAAGAUGUCAGUGGGAAGUGGCUCUGUUUCUAGCAAUAUUUGUAAACAUAUCAAGCCCUCGUGUCUCCGAGUGCCAUCACCGAAGAUUGGUUUUUUUGAUGAGGAGACUUCUUUCGUGCGAUCAAGUGGCAGCAUGCCGUGCCAUUCUGGUGUACAAAGCAUAGUGUCUAGAAGUGCAACUGGCAAAAGUAACAACAAUGGAGCUGCAAGUCAAUAUGGCAAGCUUCAAACUCCUAGAACUUUAGAUGGGGGGCAUGGGACAAGGAAUACAAAGCUUGCAUCGCGUAAAACUGGAUCUCCAUGCCCUGCUUUUGGCAUCAGUCCUCGGCGUCCAGCACACAUUGGAGUUCAAAAUGCUUCCCUUAAUGAGCUUGACAUGAAGAGGGCCAUUAAGACUCAUGCUGCCAUGACUUCAGAAGUUGAGAAUGAUUUGCCCCACAAAGUGAACACGAAAAAAUGCUUGAGAACUGAAGAUAAUAUUGGGAUGGUGGUCCUCAAGAAGGUGAACAGCCAAGAUACCAAAGAGAAUGAAGACCCCAACAUGCCCUGUCCUGGAAAUAACCUUUGCACCCUUCAAAAUGAUUACUUCAAAGACCAAAUUGAUGCUUUAACUAAACAUGUUGGUGCCAUUGAUCUUGGCUUGUAAUUUGGCUUUAACAAAAUUCAGAGAAUGCCAAUUCUCAUUGGGCUUGAAAUCCUUCUGUGAACAAAAUACCAGUUGUUCUAAUAAUUUUGUGAAAAUUUGUUCUCUUGUAACCAACUGAU